AUGCGCUCCAAGGAAGAUCACCAUCAGCGGCGGCGAAUCUGGAACCCUGGAUUCACGGAGUCAGCGGUCCGCGGAUACGAGAAGCGAGUUCGGCCCUAUCGACAGCAGUUCAUGAGCCAUAUCGCGUCGGCCAGCGAUGACGGAAAGCCUCUAGAUAUUAGCGAGGUCUGUCAAUGGUACAGUUACGAUGUGAUCAGCGAUCUUGCCCUCGGGAAGAGUUACGGCGGCCUACAGAAGGGUGUCCGUGUUCCCAUAGCGCAGAGCUUCAUUGACGCGAACACGGGGUUGCGGAACAUGUACCCUCCAUGGUUCUAUCGAUUGAUAGUGACUUCUCCGAUGGGAAGCCAGGAAUGGAAGGAAUUCAAUGAUCGUAUAUGGCAGGAUUUGAUGGCAAGAAUGAAGGUAACGUUCUUCGAUCUUUCGGAGCCGGAUGUUCCUGAUAUUUAUUCGUAUUUUCUGGCGCCCCUGAAAGGACAGCAGCCAACACCUGACGAUAUUCCCCGGCUUCUCGGAGAUGCACUUCUGCUUAUUGGGGCCGGCGGCGGAAUGACAUUGACGGUUGCUAUAUACGAAUUGGCCCGUCGGCCCGAAGAGGUUAAGAAGCUUCGCGACGAACUAGCUUGCUGCCCUCGGGAAUUAGGCGGAGAAUACGCUCACGAAAAUAUCGCCAGUCUGCGACACCUCAAUGGGUUCAUCAACGAAGUGCAGCGCAUGCACGCUGGGGUGCCGUCUCAAUUGCCCCGAAAGACGCCACCGGAGGGGCUUGACAUCGACGGGACAUAUGUGCCUGGUGAUAUGAACAUUCUUAGCCCACACAGAGAGAUCGGGAGAUCCGAGGCCGCUUUCGAGAAGCCGCAGGAGUUCAUUCCCGAGCGAUGGUAUCUAUACCCGAACAUGGUCAAAGAUAAGUCGGCACAUGCACCGUUCAGCACAGGUUCCUACGGGUGCAUCGGCAAGCCGCUUGCCUUGAUGAAUCUGAGGACCACCCUUGCUCAACUUGUCAUGACCUAUGAGCUUGAACUAGCGCCUGGAGAUGAUGGGUUCGCCUUGGAGAGGAACAUGGACGAGCUUUUCUCUAUUUACGUUCACAACCUUUAUGUUGUAUUCCGAGAACGGGAGCUAUAG